AUGGUUGCUAUAGCCGAUAAGAUUAAUGGUAGUCGUGCCAGUAAUGUAGGUGGUUGUACCAGUAAAAUAAAACCAGAACAAAAUCAUCAAACAGCACGAAUUAUUCAAUGGUUAGGUGGAGAACGAGCAGUUGAUGUUCCUGCUGAAUUUGAUGUAUUAUCUCCAGUUAAAGAAGAUUUCGUUGAUCAUCACAUAGUUGCAUCAAAGGUGGAAUGUAUUGAAUUACUUCGACUUAAACCACUCAAUAAACAAGUAACUACUACUACAUUUGAACGAGGCUCUUUACUUCGUCAAAGUAGUCGUCGUGGUAGUAGUCAUCUAAGUCGAUCAUCUCCCGAUGCACAAACAUCUGAUGAAGCUUACUAUACUCUAUCAAUUCAUCGUAAUGAUAUUCAAAAGAAACAAAUUAAUAAAGACAAUAAUUUAAUACGUAAAGGUUCAACUAGUGGAAGUAAUAGUAGUUUAUCAACAAGUGCACAUCAUUGUGCAUUAUCACCAACUUUAUCAAUAUCAAUUGAUGAUAUUUAUACAACAUUAGAUUGUACACAAACAAUAUUAAAUAUGGAAGACAAUCAUAUUCAAGAAGAUAUUGGUCGUUUACGUGAAAUAGCACAACAAGGUGCAUUACAACAAAGUCUUCAUUUAUUACCAAUAAUUACGAAAGCAAGUGGUUGUUCAAUGGAUUUAUUUCAUGAAAUAAUGAUUAAUAAUGAUGAUAAUGGUGAACGAGAUUUUAAACAAAUGGUUGAAGAAUUUAUUCAAUUAAUUGAAAAAAAAUUAACUGAUGCAGAAUUUCAAAUGUUCGAUGGAACUACAACAAGAGCAUCAUCUCCAUCAUUAUUCGAUAUGCUUAAUGAUUUAAAAACAUGUUUAACAUUAUUACGUCGUUCAGAAAUGCAAAGUCUAUUAAAUGUAUUUGAUAAUAUUCUUAAAUUACGUCUUUAUCCACCUGCAUUACCUGAUAAUGACGAACAACUAAAUCCUACAAAUGAAAAUAUUCAAAAUAAAUUAAAUAAUUCCGAAACAACUGAAGAAUUAUUAAAAUUAUCUCAAUAUGCAAUUGAUGAAUUAAAAAUCGUUAAAAUUGAAAAAAAUCAUGAACCAUUAGGUUUAACAAUAUCACGUACAGAUUCCGGUAUUAUACAAAUCGCUCGAAUUGUUAUUGGUGGUAUUGCAGCAAAUACCGAACUUUUUCAAAUUAAUGAUCGUAUACUUGAAAUCAAUGAUGAACCAUUAACAGGUCGUUCACUUGAUUAUGUUUGUUCAUUAAUGUCAAAUACAACUGGUUUAAUUAAAUUUCUUCUUGCUCCACCAUUAUAUUCAAUAUCAAUUCAUAAUAAUUUUAUAUCUUAUCAAACAUUUUAUGUUCGAGCUUUAUAUGCCUAUGAUCCUUAUAAUGAUCCAUUAUUACCAUGUAAAGAACUUGGGUUAAUGUUUCAACGUGGAGAUAUUUUACGUAUUGUUGCACGUGAUGAAAAUAUUAUUAAAAAUAAUGAUAUAUAUGUUAGUUGGUGGCAAGCAUAUCGUGAGAAUUCAACAGAAACAGAUACAGAUCCAUGUCUAGCAGGACUUAUACCAUCAGAUUGUUUACAACAAAAACGUGCUGCGUUAAUUAAAGCUGUUAGUGAUGAUACAGAAUCACUUUCAUCAUCAUCUUCAUCAUUAUUUUGUCCGAAAAAUCGUAAAAAGAAGAAACGAAAUGAACUUUGUUUACCAUGUGUACCAAAAAAGGAACGAAAAAUUUUACAUCCUGUUUAUAAUAAUGCAUCAUUUUUACGUGAAAUUGAUGAUGCAGAAACACCAAAUAUUCGUACAUCGAUAAAUCAUUUUUCAUUAACUGAUACUAGACAAUUCGAUGAAGAACAACCAUCAACAUCAUCACCACCACCAACACAAACAACAACGGCAUUGACAAAUAAUAAUAAUAAAACUAUGACAAUUGAUUCUUCUAUGAAUAAUAAUAAUACAUUUCGUUUUUAUGAACCUGUCUUUCGUCUUGAUCUUUCAACACAACAAACAACAAGGCCAAUUAUUUUAUUGGGAGCUCCAAAUGUUGGUCGACAUGAAUUACGUCGUCGUCUUCUUCAAACAGACCCAAAUCUAUUCGAUGUUGCCAUUCCACAUACAACACGUGCUCGUCGUCUUCAUGAAAUAGCUGAUAUUGAUUAUCAUUUUGUAUCCGAACCUGAUUUUCUAGCUAAAGUAGCUCGUCAUUCAUUUGUUGAAUUUGGUCAAUAUGAUCGUGAUUUAUAUGGUACAUCAAUAGAAGAUAUACGAUCUGUUGUAUCUACAAAACGAAAAAUUUGUAUAUUAAAUUUAAAUCCAGAUGCAAUACGAACAUUUUAUAAAACAGAUCUUUAUCCAUUUAUAAUCUGUAUUGCAGCACCAUCAUUUGAACGUUUAAAACGUUUAGAACUUGAUCGUCGAGAUCAUCUAACAGAUAAUGAUUAUCGUGAAAUCAUACGACAAAGUCGAUCUAUUGAAAGACAUCAUUAUUUAUUAUUUGAUUACAUUUUAAUAAAUAAUGAUCUUGAACGAACAUAUACUGAAUUACGCGAAUUAAUCGUACGUAUACAAAAUGAUGAUCAACAGUGGGUACGAGCAUGUUAUCGACGAACAUAA